ACACUAGAACUUAAUCGUGUAUGACACAUUCAAUGACAUCCUGACAUAAAACAAAAAAAAAAUCAGUCCUUUAAACUCCAAAGCUCUUUGAAAUCCUUGUUUUUAUAAUAAUUUAACAACAAAACAAAAUGGAUUUAAACAGGCUGAGUGAUACUAAAAAGCUUCAACUUUGUAGGUGGUAUUUUAAAGUUGGUUUAGUGCUACUGCCGUUUGUGUGGGCGGUGAAUGCGAUCUGGUUUUUUAAAGAAGCAUUCAUCAGACCACCUUUUGAAGAACAGAGGCAAAUAAAAAAAUAUGUAAUUAUGAGCGGAGCAGGUGCAAUAACUUGGGCGGUAGUGUUGAUAUCGUGGGCCGUGGUUUUCCAGCUGCAGCGAGUGUCCUGGGGCUCCACGGGGGAUGCACUAUCCUUCAUAGUGCCUUUAGGACGCGCUUAGCCAAGCUUAUAGUCAAACUAAAUUUAGAAUACUGUGUUGAAUUUAAGUGAAAUUGUGACGCUUGAUUGUAUUUGCAAUUUAUUUGCAGCUUGGCUAGUAAUAUACUCAAUUUAGAAUAUGCCUGACAGGGUAGGCAUUCUCAAAUUGACAGUAUUCUUAGGGUUCGUCUAUUGAUCACGUGAGGCCUGGAGUCACAAGGUGUGGGACUG